AGGAUCUGUGGUGGUGAACGGACAUUCUCUCGUUCAUAAAUCUUCAGCGGAAGACGAUCUACAGGUGCAGCGCCCAAUCAGACGGCCAUGGAGCAAGUUUACUCCGUCUUCCGGAAAGCCUCCGUUUUCCCGAACGCCGAAUGGAGGGAGCGAGUUCUCAAGUGUUCGGUUUCAUCUCGCAAUACAUUGGCUUUCACAGCCGACUCGCUCGACGGUCCGGGAAGGCUUUCGUCGUUCAGAGUCUAUGUCGUCGAUCUCAACACACCGUGGCAGCCGAGUUUCGUGGUCAGCCAUACCGAGGAGAUCACCUGUAUCGAGUGGGAUCCGAGUGGAACUCGGUUGAUGAUUGCCGAUGCGACGGGAACGAUCCUCAUGUUCCAGAUGCGGAAUUUCCUCCUCAACGAUUGGACUCUGAUUUCCCGGACCGAGUUUCCGGGCGAGCACAUCAUCGCCGGUGCCUGGUUCCAUAGCGGGAAGAAAGUUGCAGUUCAUCCGGAUAAGAAGGAGAGUCCUUUGUACCUCGAGAAGUACGCUCAUCUAAAGUUCGGUCCCUCGAUGCGACGCAUGGGUGGCAAACCCUGCGAGGGAUGUUUGACGGUCAGUGCUUCGGGGCUGGUCUGUGUUGUCGUCAUCUGCGGAGAGGAAUCCGUGGUUUCAGCAUCGCAACCCUUGACGAAGUUCCGACAUCGCCUCCAACUUGUCGAUCUCUGUUAUGGGAAAAAUGGAGACUUCCUCGUGGUGACGAGCGAUGGGCUCGUCCAGUCCGCCGUACACUUCUUCCGCAUAAAUUUAAAGAUGAACCAGGACAAAUGCGAAGUCAGCUGUCAACCCUUCUCUAGUUUGUACCUGGAUUCGCAAAAAGAAGAAGCUUACCAACGCGUGACCCACCUACGCUUCAUAUUGAAGGAAGCUGCCGAUGGAGUUGUCGUGUCCGUGACCAACGGGCAACAGGGUAUCGUUGAGCUGUGGGAACUCCGCGAGAAGACCGUCAGCGUCCACCCCAAACUCGGCGAAGCCGACAACAAACUCACUGUCGGAUGGCAAUUGCACGCGAUCUCCACCCACAGUUCCGCCGUGACCGCCAUGGCGACCCCCCGGCUUUGUCUGUUCGAGCUGAGUCCUCCCCCGUCGUACAUCCUGAUCGCCUUCAAGGAUCACACAGUCAAAUGCUUCGCCCGAGAUAAGCUGGCCUGCAUCCAAAGUAUUCCGACGCUGUCGAGCCCACACGCGGUCAAGAAUCAGCAGCACGCUCAGAUGGGCGAUAUGUGCUUGAGCCACACGGGAUGCGUGCUGAUAACGGUGGAUAGUCUCUCGCAGAUCUCCCUCUACAGACUUUCGCCUAUCACGGAACCAGGGGCUCCGAUGAGCGCGGCCUACGCGGCCACUGUUCUCGAAUAUUGUCUGAUCACCGGCGUGGAUUGGUGGGACGUUCUGAUCAGCCUGAGACCGGGUCUGAUAGAGAAGGUUUCUGAGAAACUCUGCGAAGUAUUCGAGAAACAGCCCGAAGGCGUUCAACAAUUCUUUCACAGUCGUUUCCUAGCGUUGAAGGGUAGCCUCUACAGACUACUCAUCACGGGUUUCGUAAAAGCUGGUGACUGCCAUGCGCAGAUGAUGCUGGCGGCCGUCAGCUGUGUUAUCAAGGGUCUUCUGCGACCUCGAGAAACGAAACCCGAAGGAGCGCCGACCGACACGCUCUCGAGCCUGAUCAACGAUAGAGCGCAGGUCACCAAUACCAUCGAAAGAGCUCUGACGACUCUCGACACGAAGGAGUUCUUCGUGGAGCCCGCUAUUCUCCCGUCGGUUCAACACCACGUUCAAUGGGUCACGGACCUCGCUCUCCACCUGAUGGCGUCGUUCCCUCUGCAAGUUUACCAGCACCAACGAUUUCCCGGAGGGGGACUGAUCUCGGACGCCAAGAGCAUCAAUGCCAUUCGAGAGCUCCUAGUGAUUUUCCGUAUUUGGGGUUUGAUUAGCGAAAGUUGUCUGCCGGUCUAUACGAAAAUGGCGGAAAAUUGUGAUGUCCUCGGUACUCUUUUCCGGCUCCUGACGAAGACGCUCAUGAAUCACGGCUCGGAGCCCGACUCGUCGCUGCUCGAGGACUGUAGUGUGCUGCCGUCGCAAAUUCUCAUCCCCUCGCUGGACCUCGGCAGCACUUCGCCCGAGGGAAUAUGUGGUCCGGCGUUGUUCGUUCAACCUCUCCCACUCGCACUGGAAUUCCACGCUUUCCCAGAUUAUGUACGGAGCCAUAACCAUAAAUCUGCAGACACCGUAGAGGGCUGCGUACGGACAUCGUCGCACACGGAUAUUGUGCGGCAUAUUUCUCUCGGCAAACAUGUUGAGAAAGUGCGUAAAUGCACACGAUGCUUCAGCUUGUCGAUGCUCCGAUCAAGCGUCAAACUGAGCGCCAUGAGGGCGUGGGAACAGCGUUGGCUCCGGAGUUGCCCCUGCGGAGGUCAGUGGGUGCUUUGCUAACACGAUCUUUAUUCGAGGAUGACCUAGUUCUAUUUUCUUGUAAAUACAACAACACGGUGGGGUGCUCCUGUGUAGCGAGGUCGAUUUAGACUUGCAUCAUUUGACGAUAACGACGAGUGACUCGGAGUUGUGAUUGAAUAAAGGAAGCGU